UCUGCUGUUGCAAUGGCGUUUGCUGCGACAGCACUUUGCGGCAGUAGGGAAAUCGAGGAGAAAGCAGCGACAAACGUCGCCAGCGGAUACGUUAUCGGCUCAAAAACCCUUGGAUUUAUGUAAUAUUCGGUGAACUAACUUGUAUAUUGAUUGUAUAUCCCUUCGCCUUGUGGAUGAGAUUGUGUUCAACGUUUUCCAAGUGUGAAUCUCCACCUUAAUGCGGUGGGAUGGCCACAGUGCCGCCUGGGCCUAGUAGCGCACUGCCUGCAUCCCCGGCUGAAAUUCCUCCUUUCCCCGGGGCUGGGAGCGCGGAGCCGGUGGGGGGAGACGAAGAGCCGGCCUGUUACAGGGAGGACUGUGUACCCGCUGAUACAGGGAAGAAGUCGCAGUCGGUAAGCGAAGUCAAAGCGUCGGUCAAGAAUAAGCAGAAGAACAUGCUAGCACGAGCUAGCCCGGCGGCGCUGCACCUCAAAAUGCAAGCCCGAGAGCAGCAGCUAAACGGCUUGGCCAGCCCCUCCGAGGACACUGACAGCCACCAACACACAGGAAACCGGCCUGACAAUCCGAGACCGUCCGUGGACAACUGUGACAGCAGCAGCAGCGGAAGCAACGAAGAGCCUCCAGCCGCUAGAAACAAUAGUGACCAUUGCCAACAUGAAGGCCACGGCCCCUUCUCCAAAAACGGCAGUCACUCUCCCCUGGUUAACAAUAGCAUGAACGGGGUGCCGGGUUUCACAAGAACUGAGGCGGCCCACAGCCACCCCGGGGACGAAGGAAAAGACGAGGAGUUUGACCACACGAAGCCGCCGAGACCGCCGAGCGUCGGUACGCCGGCCACUGCUGUACCCGGCGGAGAGGAGAGCCCCUCUGACCCGCAGCAGCCGCCAACCGCUGAGCUGGCCCGGCUCGACCUAAGCAGCUCUCCUGGCCGAGCGGAAGAGGAGAGCCACGGUAUCCGUUAUGUCCGCUACGAGUCCGAGCUUCAGAUGCCAUGGAUCAUGAGACUGAUCACCAAGGACUUGUCUGAGCCUUAUUCAAUUUACACGUACAGGUACUUCAUCCACAACUGGCCGCAGCUCUGCUUUUUGGCCAUGGUGGAGCAGGAGUGUGUCGGAGCCAUAGUUUGUAAGCUUGACAUGCACAAGAAGAUGUUCCGUCGUGGCUACAUUGCCAUGCUGGCUGUGGACUCAAAACACAGAAGGAAAAGCAUCGGUACUAAUCUGGUGAAGAAGGCCAUCUAUGCCAUGGUGGAGGGUGACUGUGAUGAGGUUGUAUUGGAGACUGAAAUCACCAACAAAUCAGCCCUGAAGCUGUACGAGAACUUGGGUUUUGUCAGAGACAAGCGGCUGUUCAGAUAUUACCUGAACGGAGUGGAUGCGCUGCGGCUCAAACUGUGGCUCCGCUAGAGGAAAGAAGAGGAGACGGGGGAGGACAAGACAGCGGGUGCUGUUCACCUCAUACACUAUCAGCUUGACAGCCUCAGCUCUGCCCUGGUCAUUUCACUCUAAUGUAUACAUGCACACACUCACACACACACAGUACACACACAGGAGUACGCAGAUAGGUAUGCCUAGACAUACAAACACACCCUCUUUUUGUCCUUGACCUCUGAACAACUGUUGUUUAGGCAGAAACAGACUGAGAUCCCGUCUAAUGUUUUCACAAAGGGGCCCCCGAUAUGCUUUGUGGCGAGGAGGGCACAAGUGAGGGUGGUCUCCGGGAUGACCUUGAUUGGGGACUAGAUGACCUUUUUUGGACCUUCAAGCUUGGACGCCGCAUUGCCCUAGACGUGAAGUGUGACGCAGCUCGAGUUAGGAAGUACGUCGAAAACCCCGGAGGACAUGGCACCACACCAAAUCCUCCUGCAGAACACAGGACAAAUACAGACUUAAAAGAAAGCAACAACAUGAAAAACAAGGAAGCAGGGCUGUAAAAACAGACUGGGAAGAAAAUAUUUGUGGAGUUUAUUUUUGUGUUUCUUUUUUAACCUUGUAAGUUGGAUGAUUGAUGAAAAAGCUAUAGUAUGACUGUGUGUUUGUACACCUCUUUUUUUUCUUUUUUUUUUUAAAACGAGUGUUUGGCCUGUUUUUGUGUGCAUGUGUAUGUGGCGUGGCUGGUAUCACUGUGAGAAAGUGAAUGUGUUUGUGUGACUGAGCGAGCACAUGCUUGGUUGGAAUUGUGCGUACUGUUGUAUGUUUUGUUCCCCAUCUUGUCCAGUGGGUGCAGCUGCUCCCUGCUGCUGUUUCCAUCACCUGCCUCAGCCCCCAGGACUGAAGCCUGUAAAGAUAUGCAUGCAUUUAUUUUAAUGUGAGUGCGGGGGAAUAGUGUGAAGAGUGUGUGUUGAUUAACCCAGUCUGAGGCUAAGCCUCUGGACCCUUCCCUGUGUUUGGUGUAAGCAUGUUGAUGCAGAGCAGUUGAUCGAAACUAAUCACUCCAUUAGCACCUCAAAUUUUGCCCAACUGGUGGACCUGCCACCUUUUCACUUCAGUGUCCUUCGCUAAAUCUCAUGUCAUCAAACUCUGAGAGUAUAGGUUGAGGGUUUUUUUCAGAACUUGUUUUUCUGAAAUGCACUGUUAGCUGUUGCAAAAUUCCCAACAUGGAGAAAAUGGAGAUUCUCAAAGAGCCUCCUUGCCAAUGAUGGUGUGGUAGCCAUCUCAAUUUGCUCUCUCUCUCUCUUUUUUUUUUUUUUUUUUUUUUUUUUUAAAGAUAAGAUUACUCAUCUGUUUCUCCUCAUUGCAAGUGCCACUCAAUUCAUCAGCACUCUUGGCCUCAGCUGCAGGUAUCUGCCUGCUAGCAGGCGUCACACAGCAGCUUCGACCCGGUUCUGGUCUGUACUCUGCGUCGGAACAGACAAGCAGUGUUAAAUAUGCUGGAUUCGUGUUUGAUUAUGCUGAGUGUGUUUCUCUUGAUAAAAAGGAAAAAUAGACAAGUAUUCUGAGUAGAUUAUAUUUUAUUUUUGUGUUCGCUCUCAGUUUAUUUAGAUUGUGUACUUUUACACCUUUAUAACCUCAUGCUGCUGCAAGAGAGACUUAGUCCACAAUGCACUUCCCAGGUGUCCUAACUUGAUGCACAACCAACCUUGCUAACAUUUUAAUAUCUCCAGCUUGGAGAUACGCCCGGAUGUUCCAGUCCACACUAAUUACGGCAAAGAAAGUUUGCUUUAGCCGCUUUUGUUUUUUCUUACAAAUUAAAAUGAGCAAAGGUCAAAUGCACUUCUUUGGAAAUUGCUGCAGUGUGGAUGUGUGCAUAUGUUUGUGUCUGUGUCUUGAGGUUGCUAGGUCGGAAAAGUGUCUGUCUCGUUAUUUUUGACAGAGGUGUUGAUCUGUUCAGUAGGACUAUAAUUUCUCUGCUUUCAGAGACCCCCACACAGGAAAAUCAGAGUAUUUGAGGUGCUGUGUUUUUCUCCAGCCUUAUGACAUCAGGAAGGAACAAUUCACUUGUUUUUUGUUUUUUUUGUUUAUAAGUUUUCCAGGAUUUGCUCUUGUGCUCAUUGUGAUAGAGCAGAGACAGUUGGGUUCAUAGUUGAGAAUAAAUCCUAGAUUUUACAGGACAGGUUGUAAUUGCAAUUUUAAGUACAAUUGUUUUCCUUGUUGCGCCUCAUAUUAUGCAAGUGGACAUCUGUGUGUCUACAAUAUUCAUUGUAGGAAACACUGCAAGACACUGCCAUGUGGCACAACCAAAAAUCAGAUUAAAAUCUGCUACAGAAUAUUGACUGCAGAACAAACAAAAGCCUCCAGGAAACAUUCUUGGCAGUCAGAUGAUUUAAGGAUGGCUGAGCUAGCUAAUGACACUACAGGACCGUGUACAUGUUUUGGGUUUAUGUCCCCUUUCAGCAGUUCAGCUGAGAUGUUUCAUCCUAGGAGCCUGGGACUGGAAGGGACAGUAGAUGUUUACAGAAUUUCCACCCACAAAACAACCCAUCUAUGUAAGUUUAUAUCUGUGCAUUUGGAGCAAUGGAUCAGAUGACCUAUAUUUUUUCUUCUUUUUUUUUUCAGAUUUGUAUACGAGUGUUUUAUUCAUCGGAUAUAUUGAGAGCAUGUUGUGAAUCAUCUGUUGGGAAGUGGGCGUUUUGGGUUGAUUUAUCAGAUUUGAUUGUUAUUUUUAAUUUCUGUGCUACUUUAGCCCAUUUAGAGGUGUAACAAGAAUUCUGAGCAGUUCAUUGUGGUCAUAUGAAAACGCCCUAGUCUCCGAACACCAAUUAUGAUCUUUACUGCUUGUCUGACACUGUUUAGAUUUCAGUUAUCACCUCGUGUAAACUCCUGGUUUAUUUUGGAAUAAACCAGGAGUUUAUUUAUCUUCUGUCCCAGUGUUGGACCCCUCACUGUCUCUGCCUUUUCUUCUUUUACAUGACUACUGAUGGUUGAAAGGAUGGCAUAGGUGAUAACCAUAUAGAAUGAACCUAUCUCUUCCUUUCAAGCCAGCUGUCAGUAUGAGUUUUAAAUUUUGAAGGAAGAGGCUCGGUUAUCUUCUCUUGUUUUACUCCUGUGAAACUCUGGCAGUUCCAUUUGGUAUAUGGGCAUUACAGCCUGUUGCAAAGAGCCUAAGGGCUCUGCGUAGACCAUGACCACAGACUGAAGGGCUUUGUCAUCAACAUCGGUUUGUAGCCAUGGCUUGUGGUGUUGCAUAGUUUUACUCAGUUCUCUCUCUGACAAUGCAUUUGCAAUACAUUUUGACUUGACAUGCCAGUUCAGUGUUCACAGAUGUCAGAGGCAGUUUUUUCCCCCCUUGUCGUGGAUAUUCACUGUGCUAUCCAGGAGGCUUAUUUGAACAAUCACAACCACACUUCUCUGGCCUCACCUGCAGUGACAUCUGCCUUCCUACAUUUUGAGUGUUACAAUCAUAAAUUCCCCUGGAAACCAGUUGUUUGAUCAGAUAAACAAAAUCUAUCUUGGCUGCGGCACAAAAUCUGUAGUCCCUACAACCAACCAACCACAGAGGCUUUCUGCCGUCUUUUCAGGGCAGGUCAGCGCCGCCUCCUCCACCAUCCACGAAGUGUGCAAAAGUUUUUCAUUUUUUGUUUUUUUUUGGGGGGGGUGGGGGUGUUUUGCAUGUCAGAUUUCUGUUUCCCCUGUUUCUCUUUCCUGUCCCCUCUCUUGAUUUUGAUCUGGAAAUGUCCAAUAGCUUUUAUUUAAUGUGGAAAAAGAACACAGAAAUAAAUUAUUUGAUUUUUUUUUUAAUGCUGUAAA